ACAAGCAGCUGCAGUGCUGCUUUCUAAUACAACCCCGCAUUUUGCUUAUAUCUUUAAUUUAAUUUCAAACCAUUUUUGCCUCACGUAUGUUUUGGUUGCACUCAUGCCACUGUGAAGGGAAAAAAAUGUAUUCAACGCCUAACUUUUCGACUCCUGACGACUCCAACCUGUCAGGAGUUGACCCUCAGAGACUGCUGGAGCUCACCCACCGGUCUGUCAAAGUAAGCAUAAUAAUCGUUUUGGGCGCGAUGAUCACUUUGGGAAAUAUUGCAGUUCUGCUGGUUAUUACUACCUCCGUGGCAGGUUGGUCAAGAAACUCUCGGUACUUUCUCCUCUCUCUCACUGCUGCAGACUCUGCGUUUGGGCUGCUGGUCAUGCCCUUGAAUCUCUGGGUGAGUCUGCUAAAGGACUACACUGAAGGGCCAGAUGCUCUAUGUCACGUCGUGGCCUUUUGCAAUGCCACCGUCUACUCCACCUGCAUGUAUACACUGGCCACGAUAAGCCUGGAGAGGUACAUUGCAGUGUUUUACCCGCUGCAGUACUCAUCUCUGAUGACAAGAAAAAGGACACUGCUCCUGAUUGCCUUCGCCUGGUGUUUCCCCCCCUUUAUACUGUCGCCAAUAUCAUUUCCAGAUGGCAUUAUCGAGGUUCAUUUUUCUGCUGCCUCGCUGGUCUGCAAUCCAUCCUACUCGACGAAUGUUGGAUACUCUCUAAGUUUGACGUGUUUUAUAUUUUUCCCCUGCUCCAUCAUCAUGACAUACGCAAACAUGAGAGUGUGGUGCGCUGCCAAGAGACAGAGACUCAAACUGCGCAAAUUCGACUGUGCGCGUCGCAGCAGACACAAUGUGGCAUCCAGAGUGCUCGUGCCUGUGAUGGCAGCCUACUACACCUGUUGGACACCCUGCAUUGCAGCUAUGAUCUUUAAUGCAGUCUCAGGUAGCAGCGUACCGGAGUGGAUUGAGUUUGUGGUGGUAUGGCUGCCAACCUCCAAUGGUUUUCUUAACUGCAUCUUCUACUUCUGGAUAAACCGAAGCUUCCGCAGGAAAUUCCACCUCAUCCUCCACAGGCUGACUCUGGCCCUCUGCCCUAAACUGGCCAACACCCUCAGGUGCUGCAGCACUUCAAAGACACAGUUUGUGUCAGAAAUUCUGGAUAAUAACAAUAGUGUCCACGAGCGUUCUUCCAGUGUGUCCUCUACCUGCACCCUGUUGACCUUGGCUUAGGAUGUCUGCAUCUGAAGAGCACAACUAGCAUAGCAAAGGACCUGGUCAGUGACUUCUGUGCUGUCUUGUAUUGUCUGGCUGGGCUAAUCAACUGAAGCCAAGUUAUUGACAUAUCCCUACAUGAGGUAUCAAGGAUGAGAAAUGGAGCAAUGGUUCCCAUGGGUUACAAUGCAAGUGGGUUAAAUGUAAGACAGGCUAUGUUGGCAAGUAUGAGAAAUAACCACUGUAUAGUCUACAUCAUCAUAAUUUGAGUUACAUUGAUUAUUGUAUAUUUUUCAAAUUUUUAUGUUUUAUCAAUUUUCAGUCUGAAAAUAGUGUUCAGUUGACUGGAACACAGAUUCCGUUUGUAACUUAUUUGGAUUUUUUUUUUUUUUUUUACUCCUACACAGUGUUGCCAUGUUGAUUUACUGUCAGAUGCCCUCUUAAAUCACUUUUUUAGUUGUUUUAUAGUUAGCCAUCAACCUCGUCUGUGCCCCAGAAAUGCCUACCAUUGCUCUGUGUACAGCUAAUCAGUCCUUUAAGUGUCAGCUGUUGCGUAUUUAGACUUGUACCUAAGGUCAACAUAUUUCACUUCAAACAUUGAGUCAAUUAGUCCAUCACAAGAAAUUGAUAUUUAGACUUCUCUUCAUACUAACCAUCGGUGAACAUCUGUGAACUAACGUCACUAUAUGAUUACACGCACUUUGAAGGAUUGAGGCCAUCUACCUCUUCUUCAGUUUUAACUUUGUGUCAAAGACCUUGGCAUAUAACAGCUGGGUGAAGUUGACCUUUAAAUUACGGCAUUUCAGUGUAUGCAAGGAGAAAAGCAAUUAAGCAGCUACACUGUAGAAAGGUCAAUCAUAUUUGGGCUGGCAAGAGAUAACUCGGGUAGCUUCUGUUCUGUGGUUUGUUUUGAGAUAUUAAGCCCAUGAUCUCCCUCUUAGUAACUUCUACUGCAGUAUGGAUAUAACUUGGCAAUGCCCAUGUCAUCUUUGUCUGGAGUUAAUCAAGUGUAUAGUUUUCAAAGAAACUGAAAUUCAGAAGCAUUUUAUGCAACUUAUUUUAGCCUUUGGGUUGCUGCUUGCUGUCACUAACAUUUAAAGUUUGUGUAUUGGCAAACGAUUGCCCUCCCCAGGAACUCGUAUGAAUUAUUCAAAUGUGUUGAGUAUCGGUAUGUAUACAUUUUGUUAUGUUUCUAACUUCCUAAUUUUAUAAGAAUGAACAAAUAAUGUUUGAUAAUGUAUUUGGUUUAUGGAUGAUCUAUGAAAUAAAGCAUUAAGCCUUUGAA